CUAGUACCCGGAAUCCCGUCCACAGAAUCCACUGCUCUAUAAAUCUACAAACGAUGCAUCUCCGUAGCUUCCUUGUAUCAUCUCCCACUCACCGAACACAGCUCACUCAUAUCUCAAAUCAUUCAACACCCACCAUUCCACCAUGCCAGUCAAAAUCGUCAUCCUGGGAGCCGGGUUUGCCGGGCUCUGGAGCGCCCUGGCAGCCCAGCGCCUCAUCAACCUCGCCAACCAGACCGACAACAUCAAAGUCCUGGUCAUUGCUCCUAGUGCAACCUUAGUUCUCCGGCCCCGUCUCUAUGAGGCAGACGCUGGCAACAUGACCCACCCUCUGGGUCCCCUUUUCGCUGCCACUGGCAUUGAGUUCUGCCCGGGGACCGCCCAAAGCAUUGAUUCCGACGCGCGCAUCGUUCGUAUGCAGUCCAUCGAUGGAUUACAACACGGAGUCCCUUAUGAUCGUCUGAUCGUAGCGACUGGAAGCUCGGUCGUUCAACCGCAAAGUAUCGGCGGGCUUCGCCAACACGCGUUUGACGUGGACUCCCUGGAGUCUGCUGCGAAACUUGACGCGCAUCUUGCCGCUCUCCAGUCUCUUUCCCCCAGCCCUGCACGAGAUACCGUGGUGGUCUGCGGGGCUGGCUUUACGGGAAUCGAAUUGGCUGCGGAGCUACCCAAGCGACUAAGUCAUAUUGCCAAUGUUCGGGUCAUUCUGGUUGAUCGGGCGGAAGAUCUUGGCCCUGAGCUGGGGCCGGGACCGCGUCCAGUCAUCGCGCAAGCCUUGGGCGAGGUUGGAGUUGAGUGUCGAUUGGGCUCCGGAAUCCAGGCCGUUGAUGCGGAUGGAGUCACCCUCAUGUCCGGAGAACGCAUCGCUACCAGAACCGCCAUCUGGACCGCUGGGGUUCGGGCCACGCCCCUCACUCAGCAGAUCCCGGGCCCCAAAGACACUCUCGCACGAGUCUUCGUUGAUGAAUGGCUUCGUGCCCCGUCUGCCGAGCAUAUCUUUGUCACUGGGGAUGCUGCGUGCGCCACGGCGGACAGUGAAGGGCACUACGCCUUGAUGUCCUGCCAGCACGCCCUGCAACUGGGUCGGGUGGCGGGUCAUAAUGCAGCAGCAGAUCUUCUGGGCGAACCCAUGGUGAAGUACUCCCAAGCAGCCUAUCUGUGUUGUCUGGACUUGGGCGGUUGGGGUGCGGUGAUCUCGGGUGGCUGGGAGCGGCAUGUCCAGAUGUCCGGGGAAAUGGCGAAGCGCGUCAAGUGCUACAUCAACCAGAAGUUGAUCUACCCACCUGAGGAUGCCGAUGAAGCUUUACGGGCUGCGAACCCAGUUGGUCCCGGCUCAGACGAGUUGCUACAGCAGAUUCUUCAGGUAGUCUGA